AUGGCAGUCGCGCGCAACCGCGUGGUCGACCUCAUGAAGGUCCAAUGCCGCAUCUUCAACACCAUCUUCAACCCCACGGGCGAACGACUAGGCAACAAAGUUCUGCGCGCACGCUUAAAAGGCCCCGCGCUAGCCUCCUACUACCCGCGGCGAGUUGCGACGUUCAAGGACCUGCAGAACAAUUACCCGGAAUGGCAGAUGUACAAUGAGAAGGAGGAGGACCGGUUGGAGCAUAUUCAGGUGCUGAAGGCGAAGGGCAAGGGGGCGCCGAAGAAGAAGCGGACGGCUGCUGAGGGGAAGAAACAGCAGAAGAGAAGGAAGUAG